AUCUCAUUAUUUACAACUUGAUCAUGCCCCUCAUAAAUCAACUGAUCAAUCUCAAGUGGAGGGGAAUAAAUGGCUACAUAUUCAUUAUCAUAUAUUAGUCAAAAGGAGGGCUUAAAGAUCUCAUCAAUGCAAAAUAACAGGUCCCUAUAAACUGUGUUUAACAAAAUGAUUGAUCCCUGUGCCUGUAUUGAAACAUUUUGACUUAAAGGUCAGUUGCUUACAUUUAAGGUCAGACAUUCUAUUAGGAAAACAUCUGCAGGCAAAUAUUGAUAAAUACCAGUACCUAAUACAUUAUACAAAAAUAUGGAAGAGAAAAAAAUUUCUGAGAAGACAGUUCGACUGUUGGUUGCCCUGAGUUCAAAGAUGAAAGACAACGCCCACUGCCCUUAUAGUAUGUUCCCAGUUGGUGCAGCAUUACUCUGUGAAGAUGGAACUAUAUUUACAGGAUGCAAUGUGGAAAAUUCAGCCUAUCCAGUUGGUGUGUGUGCAGAGAAGACUGCCAUUUCAAAGGCUGUAUCAGAGGGUUACAGAAAAUUUAAGGCAAUUGCAAUCUCAAGUAAUCUGAAGGAUAGAUUCAUCGUUCCAUGUGGCAACUGCAGGCAGUUUAUGGCAGAGUUUGGGUUUGAUAUUGAUGUGUACAUGUCUAAGCCAGACCUGACCUAUACACAGAGCACAGUGGGUGAGCUUCUGCCAAUGGGCUUUGAACCUACACAACUUCUAGAUGAAGACCGUAUUGAUGACAAAAGCAUUGAAAUUGAUCUGGACAGUGUGGCCAAACAAACAGGAAUAAGAAAGACAUCUAUAACAAAUGGUUUAAAUGGAUCUCAAAAUGGACAACAUGCAAAUGGCUGUGUGUAA